UUUACCCAUCGAAAAAAAAAUAGUGAAUAUAAAUUACCUAUUUAAAAAUUAACUACAAAAUAACACAGGCAAAUUUUGAAUGAGAAUCCCUAUCUUAUAAUACGUUAAGUAUUACGUAAAAAAUGCUUAUUUAUUUUGGUACCAAGCGUCAAAGCUGCACGACGCACGAAGUGUUUUUGUUCAACAGUUACUAAGUGUAAAAAUGUUUUAAUAAUAUGCUGCCUAAUAUUAUUAUAUUAUUAACUUGUUUAUUUGUAAAAAGUGUUGUGUGUGUUGGUUGUUAUUGGAAUGCUGACUGCAAAUACAAAUAUUUUUCAAGUAAAACCCCCUAUGAGUUUGUGAGAGGUGACAUAAGAGAUACAUUUGUGAAACAAAAAGGAUGUGACCCACUUAGUGUAUGGAUUAUAACGAGGCAUGGAAAACGAAAUCCAGGAGUAAAGUACGCACGACAUAUAGAAGACAUUCUCCAGUAUAAAGAUAAUAUCAUAUCAAGUUUUGAAAUCGGGAACAGUUCGCUCUGCGCCCAAGAUAUAGAUAAUUUGAGAAACUCGAAGAUAGAUAAAAGUUUUCUCGGCGAACCAAUCCAAAUUGUAAGCGAAGGUUAUCAAGAACUCUUACGUCUAGGAAGUAGACUCAAAGAGGCUUUACCGGAGCUAUUAAACGGACUGCAAGCUGAAAACUACCUUUUCCGACCGGCGUACGGGCGUCGCAUGUAUGAUAGUGCUAGAGCUUUCAUUGAAGGCCUUAAUUACGACAAACUGAAUAUAACAGACGGCGAUGAUGACUAUAGCAUCGUGGCUCCACAUGCGACGUGUGGGGCGUACAAAUCAGAAGUUGUACAAAACCAAAGCACUUACCAUGAAGUGCUUGAGUAUUUAAAUUCCAAAGAUUUUAUUGAUAUGAAAAAUAGAGUUGAACAGAGAAUUGGUUUAAACUUUACGUUAACUGACAACCAAAUAACUGCAUUAUACGAUUUAUGUCGUUAUCAGUUUGACGGCAUUCGAGACAAGCCAAGCCCUUGGUGUAGUAUAUUCUCUACAGCAGAUCUCGAAGUAUUCGAGUACCUUGGAGAUUUAAAUCACUAUUACAGAAACAGCUAUGGGGCGUCAAAGUACGCGAAAGAAUUGGGUCAGAUUUCUUUAGCAGAUUUGUAUCGAAAUUUCCUUGAAGCCAGGAACGGUACUGGGAAAAGGAUAGUAUCAUAUUUCACGCAUGCGACGCUGUUGGAUAUGAUACUAGUCGUGCUUAAUCUGUAUAAGGACACAAAUCCGCUCACCGGGGCGCAUCGAGAUUGGAAUAGAAAAUGGAGGUCGACGUUUCUAACUUCGUUCGCUGGCAACUUUAUAGCUGUUUUAAAUAGAUGUACGACUGAUCCAGGAAAUACUCUUGACUUUAACAUAGCAUUUUAUUUGAACGAGAAACCAUUAUUAGAGUUGUGCAAUGGAGGAGUCUGUUCGUGGCAGGAGUUCGAGGACAUUUUCAAACCGUUUUUAAACGCCACUACAGAUAUAUGCAUGUUUAAGUCUGAACUUGUUGAUUAAAUGUGUAUUUUAUGCUUUAAUACAUGUCACUGAUAAAU